AUGAAUCAUGAUAUGGCAAGUGCAUUAGAAGUAUUUUUACAGAUUGAGGAUAUUUUUCAAAUGAACUUGAAAGUAAUAGAAAAAAUUCAAAAGAUAGCAGAUCAAAUAAAUAUUAAAGAAUCUAAAAAUUAUGAAAUACCUCUAGAAUAUCUAAAGAAGGUCAUCGGUGAAACACCUUUAACUCCACAUAAAUAA